AUGUUUUCUUCCACGGGAAGUUUGAGAAACUCUGGGAGAAUGCUAAGCGGGGGGAUUCUUUGUGGCAGUGGGAGAGUAAAGGCAAUUGCUCCAUCACUGCAGUCGUUAGCUGGCCCUAGGCUAUGUGUUCCAGUUUCCUCUUUCUCGGUCAUGCCAAAGAUCCCGGAUGAUUUGAAGCAAUCAGGUUCGCUGCCGCAGAUAUUUUCAAGCGAUGGUACAGAAUAUGGAAUGUUACUGGACACCCGAAAGAUGUCCAAACUGAAACCAAGCAUCGUCCAAAAACGGCUGGCAGAAUGCAAGACUUAUGAAGGCAAGGAGAAAUCCAUCCGACAAUCGCCCUGGAAACUAAACCGGGUAUGCCAGUUAGCUGCAGGCCUCACGCUGGAAGAAGCUUUGACCCAACUAAAAUUUUGCGAUAUCAAGAACGCUGACCUCGUCGCUAAAGUUUUGACUCGAACCAGUAAUCUUGCAGAUAUCAAAGAUGGAUUGCAGAUUUCACAGCUCGAAGUUGCAGAAUGCUUUACAACUAAGUCAAUGAUGUUGAGACGAAUCAAGCCCAUGGGAAGGGGGAGACAUGGUAUUAUGCACCAUAAACAUUCUCAUAUUCGGGUAGUCCUUCGCGAGAUUGACUUUCCUUUGAGAAUUCUUCAACAAAAGUCUUUGAAUCAGAAGAAAAAAUGGCUCUGGUACCAGCAUCGUGCCGAAAACGACUACCAGGCUUCAAAGGCAAAGCGAGACGAGAUGUUGCGACUUGUGGAACAACAAGAGAAGCAGGAAUUAGAAAGGAGAGAAGGAGCUAAAGGUAGCACUUAA